AUGCUUACCGGAAGCUGUUCGUGCAAGAAAAUCAGGGUCGAGCUCAGCGGCCAGCCACAGACAAUUGCUCUUUGCCACUGCGCCGACUGUCGUAAAAUCACCAGCUGCCCUUACAGCUACAACUUCAUUGUUCUAAAGUCAGACCUCACCGUCACUGGCACACCUGCGACGCUUCCCAAGAUGUCAGACUCGGGCAAGGCAUACGAGAACUAUUACUGCAAUGAUUGUGGUACUCCUGUUUACGGCACUGAUGUGUCUUCUGAUAAGGAGUCGGGGACGGCAGUGAUUAGAGCAGGUGUCUUUGACGAUCUUAGUAUGCUGCAAGACUCCAAGCCUACCAUUGAGAUCUAUACUGCGAAGAGGCUGAAGUGGAUUGCUCCUGUCGAGGGUUGCAUGCAGUUUGAGGGCAUGCCACCUUCUGCUUAA